AUGAAUGUACUCGAGAAUUUGUGUUUCCGAUUCCAUAUUCCAGUUGUAGUCUGGUCCCUCUUCUCAAUCAAACAAAGGCAGAGGACUAGAGUCCUUAUUCCUCCUUCGUGUGUUGCUGACCGAUUGAAUCAGAAGAAGAAAGAAGACGAUAACGGUUUCAAGAUGAACAGAACACAAGCCUUAGCAUCGACCACGCCGUCUCUCGACCCUCCUGGCUCCAUCAAACGACCCUCAGGUGAGCUUCAGCUUCAGAGGCUGCGGCCAUUCUCAUUUCCUAAAAGCCUAGGGUUUUCAGAGGUUGCGGUCGAUUCAAUCCCUAGCUUCGAUCUUUGUGUCACAACCUAG